UUUUUUGAGAAUUUCACUUGUGCUUUACAGUACCUUAACCUCAAAAUUGUAUUAAAAUUUAAAAAUGAGCAAGUAUGUGCAACUUAUAAAUAUUAAUAGCCGUUAUGCGAAACGCAUGAAAUAUUUAAGUAAUAAAAUAUUUGGAGAAGUAGCCAGAACAACGGAUAAGAAAUCAAUGAAGGUUGUAAAACUUUUUGAAGAAAAACCUAUAUCGAAAAGAUCCGAGAUUGUCGAUUAUUAUCCGAGGCUUAAACAAACUCACGAUUUAUUUGAAAUUGUACGAUUAUACGGACUUUACAGAGAUGAACACGAAGAUUUUAAAGAAGAAUUUGAGAAAAUGCGAAUUUCGAAAGGAAAGGAUUCAAAGAGUAGGAAAGCGAAAAAAGAAUCUGUUACAGUUUUAAAAUAAUCGUAUGUACUAUAGUGAUAUACGUAUUAUUAUGAACAUAAGCGAA